GGGAAACCCCGAGGAGCUAGGGCUGCACGACUUGGGAGAGGCGGACUUAACGGGCACGCAGGCAUUUUAAGAGAGAUCCGAAAGGUGCAAUGGGGCCUCACUUUUCCAAGCAGCGAGGAAUGAUGCCUGCAGUAACAAGCACGCGUUGCAUUCCGUGUUUCCUUCUCUUCCACUCCUCGCUGUUGGCCCGGGAGGGAGAUUUGCAGGGCAGAGAUGGGGUGUUUGUUUGUUUGUUUGUUUGUUUUGUCCCACCCCCACCCCCCUCCGUAUUGUGCGCAUAAUGCCAGCGUUUACGGACCUGGCUCCUUGCUCAGGAAAAGCUAGUAGCAAGGAACAGAUGACCAAACUGUAUCUUUUUUUUUUUUUUUUUUCCUGUGCUCAGAGGUUAAGUGAGAUCUGAGUUUGCAGUCUUCAACAACUGGGAGUGAGUUUGUGUUUCCGCUUUCCCCAGGUGUCUUAGGAUGUAGGGAGGUGAUUUUGUGCUCCCAGAAAGUGUUGAUGCCUGAUGAAAAGCACGUCUGAGCUGGUAUCAGUCUGGAGGAGGGAGCUAUUUAUUGAGAGAUAAGAGUCUAAAACGUUUCUUUCUCCUAGACUAGAAGGUCCACUCAAGUCAAUCGGUCGUUGUAAAUUCCAGCCACGAAAAUAAAGCCUGUUAUCACAACAGUGGCCAAAUUAUAAUUCCAGAUUGGAUACCUAAGGUGGUUUGAGAGCAGGGAGGAAGAAGGGAGGACCAAGGCUUUCCCGAAAAUGAGAUGCUGAGGUGUAAUGACUUACUUCUGUAGCAGCUUGCUGGGUUAUAGAGAACAUUGAUUUUAGAUGUCAUGUUGCUCAGUGUUGUUGAGUUGUGACUUAGAAGUAUUCUUUUUCUGUCCUUUUGCUCAGUAGUUCACAGCAAAUCGCUUAAUUAAAGCAUGGAAUAUGGAAAACAGCAGAAAAACAUCUCAUCUGAUUUAGUCUCAUCUGAAAUUCUGUAGGCAUGUGUCUUAUAAGCAUUAUAAUGGCAGAAUUUUAAGCCAAUUUGAGAGUCUCUUAUCUUUUAGUAGAAAUUUCAAACAUUAUUUUUGACUGCUACAGACUACUGAAUAUCCAGUUGAUGAAAUUGAAGGUCUUUUACCCAGAAGAAAUAAAUCAAGAAGUAGGACCUGAGGCUCACGUGCUUCUGAGCUGCUGUGGAUGGCCCUCUCUCUCUUGACCACCCUUCCGAGUAGGAUGUCACUGAGAUCCCUCAAAUGGAGCCUCCUCCUGCUGUCACUCCUGAGUUUCCUUGUGAUGUGGUACCUCAGCCUACCCCACUACAAUGUAAUAGAACGUGUAAACUGGAUGUACUUCUAUGAGUAUGAGCCAAUUUACAGACAAGACUUUCGCUUCACACUUCGAGAGCAUUCAAACUGCUCUCAUCAGAACCCAUUUCUUGUCAUCCUGGUGACCUCACACCCUUCAGAUGUGAAAGCCAGACAGGCCAUUAGAGUUACUUGGGGUGAAAAAAAGUCUUGGUGGGGAUAUGAAGUUCUUACAUUUUUCUUACUAGGCCAACAGGCUGAAAAGGAAGACAAAAUGUUAGCAUUGUCCUUAGAGGAUGAACACCUUCUUUAUGGUGACAUAAUACGACAGGAUUUUUUAGACACAUAUAAUAAUCUGACCUUGAAAACAAUUAUGGCAUUCAGGUGGGUAACUGAGUUUUGCCCCAAUGCCAAGUACAUCAUGAAGACAGACACUGAUGUUUUCAUCAAUACUGGCAAUUUAGUGAAGUAUCUUUUAAAUGUAAACCACUCAGAGAAGUUUUUCACAGGUUAUCCUUUGAUCGAUAACUAUUCCUAUAGAGGAUUUUAUCAAAAAGCCCAUAUUUCAUACCAGGAGUAUCCCUUCAAGGUGUUUCCUCCUUACUGCAGUGGGUUGGGUUAUAUAAUGUCCAGAGAUUUGGUGCCAAGAAUCUAUGAAAUGAUGAGUCACGUAAAACCCAUCAAGUUUGAAGAUGUUUAUGUUGGGAUCUGUUUGAACUUAUUAAAAGUAGACAUCCAUAUUCCAGAAGACACCAACCUUUUCUUUUUGUAUAGGAUCCAUUUGGAUGUCUGUCAACUCAGACGUGUGAUUGCAGCUCAUGGCUUUUCUUCGAAGGAAAUUAUCACAUUUUGGCAGGUUAUGCUAAGGAAUACCACAUGCCAUUAUUAAUUUGACGAAAGCCUAGAGAAAGACAGGGUAUUCUGUGGAAAGUAUUAAAAUGACUAAAAUCUCCAAUGGCAAACUCAUGGGAAGGUCACUGUGUUGACUUAACACUGAAUUGAGGCUCAUGAAGUGCCCACGGACUAGGGACUGGAGGGUUACACUCGUGGUUUAUUUAGACAGAAAUGAAGUCUGGCCCUUUGAAGGUGAUAAUAAGAGGAAUUACAUGUCUUAUAAAGGAAGCGGAGAUUUUUGUUAAUAAAAUUAAUAGGACCAAACUAUCUGAACUUGCCAUUCUAGAAACUAGAACUUGUGAAAAGGGUUUCAUUGAAUUAUAAGCUCAUUAGUCCGUAACAAAGAGCAACGUGGAGUUCUAUUCAUCGAACAGUCUAGUCAGGUAAGGGUUUUGUGUAUAUCUUACGUGGAUUACCAGUUUUUCAAAAUAUAUAGUUCUGUGUAAAAAAGCUAAAAUUAUACUAAGCAAAAUUUCAUCCAUUCUGGUCAUUCAGAAAGUACUUUAAGAUGUUGCAGCAUUUCACAGUUAUGAACUGUUAUGAAUUACUGUUUAAUAUUACUUAGGACUUUCUGGUGUUUGAGUGUUAUGGUCAUUUCAAUACUGUAUAAAGAGAAUAGUAAAUCACCCUUUACAUUUGAACUUUUUUCCAGUAACUUCACUGAUGAGUUUAUUUAAUGUAAAGUCAUUGGUCAUUAUAGCAUAUCGGUAAUCUCUUGGACUUUGAUAAAUGUUUUACCAUGGUAAUGUAGAGAAGAAUUAAAACAAGAUCUGAAUUAUUGUCUUGUUUUUAAAAAUAUAUUCCCAGUGUUUUUAUGUCACUU